AUGAAAGUAGAACAAGCGUCUAGGUCGCUGAGCGAAUACUAUACCAAUUUAUUGAUAGAGUCGAAAGGAAAGGCACCCCCGAAUUUCGACGACACAUCACGAGGAGUGCUUUUGGCUCUUAUUAAAGAGAGACCGACAAUUUGGAAUUCCACUGCGAAAUUAACGAAAGAUGAUGUUCUCGCUUCGUUUCAACAGUGUUCCGCUGUAUUAUCGAAUAUGGAUCCGAGUUUUGGAAUAUGGGCAAUCAUCGAGAAGUGGUGUUGGGCCGUGGAGAGUUUUGUGAGAUGUUCGAUGACGAAUCCACCAUCGGAAUGGCGAUACAAUAAUACUUUAGAGUAUUUGAAACCGUUUGCAAUGAUUCAUUAUCCAUAUUUAGGAUGUAUAUCAAAAAAGCGACGGAAUGAAUUGACAGAGAUGUACGCUGAUCCUGAAAUUUUGAAAGUGUCGGAAUUAACAGAUGAUUUGGAAUUUCCAGCUGGAAUUUUUCGUGACGAAAUGCACGUUUUCUCCGGAGAAGAGAUACUACUUAAUAACGAAUCAGAAGCGAAUUCGAUAGCAAGAACAGUUGGACAAAUUAUCAAUGUAAAGCGAAGAGGGAGGCCUUCUAAAGCUGAUAAACGUUCCCCAGUCGACCAGUUCAUAAACCUCACUCCUCAAUCUGCUCAAUUCCAAAAACUUCUCGAAGUGAACGGAACUGCAUCAACCUCAUUCACAGCUGUAUCAUUUCUCGAAUCCGAUGCUCCCGAUGAUCUUGGAUUCACCCCUGCAAUGUAUAAUGCUCUCAUCGAAAUGAUCCAAGAAACACCUCAAUUAUGGCAAAAUGAUAAUCCGAAUCGAAAAAAUGGAGAAUUACGAGAUAAAAAUUUUGACGAUAUUUCUAGAAAACUUAUUCUGAAAUUCAAUGGCUCUUUGGACAUUCAACAAUCGGAGAGGAUGACUGGAUCUUUUAUCAGAAAAAUAUGGGAAACGCUGAAAGAAAAGUUUCAGAGAGAAGAGAAGUUGGAUAAAAUAUCACAAUGGAGAUACUAUCUGCCGUUGCAAUUCCUGUCGAAUCGGUUGAUGCCAGCCUUCCUUCUCGAGAACGUCUUUAUCAAAAGUGAAGACCCGUCGACCUCUACCGGUCUCGUAUCACGAGUAAACGUGGCUUCCCCGGCAGGUUCAUCACAAAGUGAGGAUUCAAGAAUGGCGACUUCAUCGCCAGCGAAUGCCACACAAUUCGUGUCGAAUGGAAAUAAAUCCAUCAAGACAGUUCUUGAUAAUCUUGUCGCCAGAAGUAUGAAAGAAGAACAGGGAUUGAAUGGAAUCUCGAUCAUUCCAACGACUCAAGACUAUUCGGAAUUGAAGCAGAUGUUGGAGCAGAACAAGUUAAUAAAAGUGGAAGGUGAAAAUGGUCCACCUAUGAAGAGAGCAAAACAUGACAGUGGGUCAUCACCACCAGGAAAUUCUCGAAUGAUCGUAUACAAUAAUGACACGAGAAAAGCUGCACAAGCGCCGAUAGCCACGUGGGUUCCACCGAGAGAAGAUUUGGCGGCGAAAGUGAAGGAAGAAGUGAUACAGACACCUCCGCAAAAGAGACCACAAGCUACUGCAGUGAUAAAAAGUGGAAUACCACUCGAGAGACAUUUGAAAAAACAAAGUCCAACAAUUAUUCCAACUACGGCAGCCGCGUCGAUUGCUCAUAGAAAUGGAAUUCUCGGUGGAUUGAAUGCAAUGUCGAUUCCACAGUCUGCCCUCCAACAAGCUCUUCUCAAGAAAAUGGAGCCACCAACGACGAUGGCGGCUACGAUGGCAACCAUGGCGUCGGCAAUGCCAUCAGUGUCGGCACCACAACUUCAUCAAGCUCAAGCAUUGAUUAAUGGAGCGAUGAACGGAAAUUCGGAACCGGAAGACAAAUGGACACUUUUAGGUCGAAUGAUUUCAAUGAUUGCUCGAGAAGUAGAAGCCCGUGAUCCAAUGGCAGCUUGUGAAUUGACGAGAGAUAUCCAGCAAUGCCUCUAUCAAUACAAUUCGAAAUCUCUCCGCCCGAAAGAGAAUAAUUCCCAAUAA